ACUAAUAUACGCAGUCGUGCCUGUUCCGUUUCUCGUCUCUCUCUGGUUUUGACGCGAUCUCGCUGGCAUUGUUGUGGCAGUGUAUUGAAUUCAAAUGACCACUUGAGCGCGCUGAGAGAGCGACUCACGUAAGCUACUUGCCGGUUCGGUAAUCUAUCGCAAACGGGUUCGGUGCGAUUCGGAAUAGGAGCGUUGUUGUUGUUGGAUCGGAUACUGACCAGGCUCAUUAUAUUCUGCGCUGGCAACUUGACGUGCAGCGUCCGUAAUUUCUGAUCUUUUGAACGCGAGUUCCGGAGUAACACGGCCUAUCGAUUUGCCGUUUUAUCCAGGGUUUUUUCUGUUUGUUGGCCGAUCGAUUAGUGGCUGACACUCCGCGGGCGCCGCUGCCAUUUUCCUGCACUAAUGUGCAAAGCCAUUCUUUGCGGGUGAUUGGCGUGCAUUUUUUCUUCGACAUGGAAACGCUGAUGGCGCUGCUGCGGCAGGAUCCCGCUGCGCGCCGCAUCCCGCCACAGUAAACACGACUCGACGGCCAGCUGACUGUUGACCCACAUUGCUUUUCCCUCUUCUGCAUUCCUUGAUCGUGUCAUGGAGCGGCUGGCGCUAAGCUGGACGCUGCUCGUGUGCCUCGUGGACGGCGUGUUCGGACAGGGCGUCUACCAACUCUUGGCCGGCAACGGUCUAACCGAGUUCGAGAAGAUCGUCAACAGUGACUUUCUCAUGAAGGCGCUGCUCAGUUCGCAGACGUCGCCCAUGACGGUCUUCGUCCCGUCGGACGAGGCCAUUCGGCGCUGGCGGAGCGCCAACGCGCCGCUCACUCUCAACUCGGACAUUCUACAAAACCAUAUCGCACCCGGUGAAUGGAGUCGCGAGAAGUUGGUGGAGAUCGCGCAGAUCCCGUUUAAGCAGGACCGGAAAAUCCGCAGCGCUCUGCGAGAAGCGCCGCUGUGGCUGCAGUAUUUUUCCUCGACGACGCCGAAACUGUACAUCAAUAACGCCAGAAUCCUUUCCCCGAACGCACAGACCAGCGGCAACCAGCUACUGCUCAUUGUCGAUGACGUUAUUUCACCGGUCGGCACCGCCGCCUCCGCCGAGAAGUUCAUCGAGAAUCCCGCCGGCGAAGGCCACCGCGAUCUAUUAUCACAGCUAAACGAGAUUAAACGCGAAGUGUCGCAGCAGUUCGAGCACUCGCUGGAGGACACCAACGGCGUGCACACCUUCUUCCUGCCCAACGACGCCGCCUUCGAGGCGCUGAAGACGCGCGGCGCCUUCGACGUGGCGGUGCUGCGCGGCCACAUUGUCCCCAACGAACUGCUGUUUCUCAGUACAAUGGCCGACUGUCUCGACGAGGCGCAGCGGACGACGGGGACCCGGCAGACGGGAUUCCGGACGCUCAACGACGAAAGUUCCCCGGCGUCGUUCGACAGCUUGAUCGCUUACGCCAACAACAGCGCUCAGCCGCAGGUGUACAGUCUGACCAGCCGCGGCAGCAGCGCGGUGCCGGCCGGCCGCGUCUACGCCCGCAUCGUCAAAGCCAACAUCCCGGUCGGGAACGGCGUGGUGCACAUCAUCGACCGCGUGCUGCUGCUCGUCGAGCAGAACGCCCGUGACAUGCUGAGCGCGCGCGACAGCAUGCGCAACUUCCGCGAAUGGCUGAACCUGGCCGACGCGCAAUUCUUCAACAACCUGGCCGAACCCUCCGCCGACCUGACGCUCUUCAUCCCCAGCAACGAGUCCAUCGCGGCGCUGCCGGUGGCCAAGGUGCACCAGCUGCGCACCGACCGCGCCUUCCUCAACCGCAUCGUCAGCAUGCACAUCGUGCCCGGCCGGAUGUGGCGCGCCGAGGAGAUGCUCAGGGAGAACACCACGCUCACCGCGUCCUCCAAUGUCAAAAGGCUGACCUUCUUCGCCCGGGAGAUGCCCGCCGGCAAAGAGUUGUACGUGGAGGGCGACGGUGUGCGGGCGCGCAUCGUGGAGCCGGACAUCGCGGCCACCAACGCCGUCAUCCACAUGAUCGACGCCGUGCUGGGUCUGCCGUUCCUCAACGUCCUGGAGAAACUGCGCGCCGACAACAACCUGAAGCGCACCGCGUCCUCCGUCGAGCGCUCCCGGGAGCUCAACAACGCGCUGCAGUCCGCCGCCAAGAACUUCACGGUCUUCGCGCCCUCCGACCAAGCCUGGGCGAAUUUAAAAGCGCAGGACCGCGACGCUUUGUACGCGCGACCGGAUCUUCUCGGGAGAGUGCUGAAACGACACAUUGUCGCCGGGCGACGCGUGGACGCUGCUUAUUUGAAGAGCGGCGACCGGCUGGCGACGAUGCAGGACGAAGUGCUGGUCAAGCAGAGCCGCGACAGCCGCGAGAUGCAGCUGGAGUGGAAAGGUCACGUGGCCAAACUGACGACCUUCGACCUGUCGGCCGUCAACGGCGUCGUCCACGUCAUCGACCAAGUGCUCUUCGACCGCCAGACCGACAUUACAUCCGCCGCGGCGUCUUGGCUUAAUUCACUCAGUCUCGUUUCUCUGAUGUCUCUCACUGCAAUACUGAUGACCUUUUCCGGACAAACGUGGUCUUGUUGAAUCUUUUAUCGGUGACGUGUCAACUGAUCUCAUUUGUUUUCUUGUAAUAGUAAUUUUGUGAAUACCGUUUGCGGUUCUGUACGUUGCGGUCUAAAUAAAAGAGACGUUAAGCAUUAAUUUUGCCGUUAUUGGGUCGACUUCCAUCUAAGCAUUAAAAUUUCUCCAAUUACGGAUUUACCGGUACAAGGCGAAUCAAACGAACGCGGUUUUUUUUAUUAACUUUAGU